CGUCACACGGGGCGUGGUAUCAUACGCUACCGUCAAAGAUGGCGGCUUCCACUGAACUAAACCUGGAGAUGUUGCCUUCAGAUCCGCUGCUGCUCAUCUUCUCGUUUCUAGAUUACAAAGAUUUAUUCAGUUGCUGCAUGGUCAAUCGUCGAUUUCGAGAGGUCUCAACCCAUGACCCAUUGUGGAAACGCCAGUGUCAGAAGUAUUGGCUGCUGACAGAAACUGAUAAGGCGACACACAAGAGGAGCUGGAAGCAUUUAUUCCUCAACAAUUAUGUUGAUCUGGGACGCUAUAUCGACCACUAUGCAACCCUAAAGAAAGCCUGGGAUGACCUCAAGGAAUACCUCAACCAGAAGUGCCCACGCAUGAUUAUCUCCUUGAAAGAAGGUGUGAAGGAUGAUGAUCUGGAUGCAGUUGAAACUCAGAUUGGCUGCAAACUCCCAAAUGAUUAUCGCUGUUCAUUUCGAAUUCACAACGGGCAGAAGCUGGUAGUACCAGGUCUAAUGGGAAGCAUGGCCUUGUCCAACCACUACCGCUCAGAGGAUCUGCUGGAUAUCGAGACAGCGGCAGGCGGAUUCCAGCAGAGGAAAGGACUCCAGCAGUGUUUACCACUAACGUUUUGCUUUCACACUGGCCUCAGCCAAUACAUGGCCCUGGAGAGUGUUGAAGGACGUCAUCAGUAUGAGAUUUUCUACCACUGCCCAGACCAGAUGGCCCGCGAUCCGUCAGCUAUUGAUAUGUUCAUCACCGGCUCCAGCUUCACAGAAUGGUUCACCACCUAUGUCGAAAAUGUUAUAAAUGGCGGGUAUCCCAUCAUCCGGGACCAGAUAUUUAGGUAUGUUCAUGAUAAGUCAUGUGUGGCAAAGACCGGAGAUAUUUCUGUGUCUGUGUCAACCGCUUUCCUGCCAGAGCUCAGCUCUGUGCAUCCACCUCACUUUUUCUUCACCUACAGGAUCAGAAUUGAGAUGUCUAAAGAUGCAUUGCCAGAAAAUGCCUGCAAACUAGAGAGCAGAUACUGGAAGAUAACCAAUGGAAAUGGAAAUGUAGAAGAGGUUCAAGGGCCAGGAGUUGUUGGAGAAUUUCCAGAGUUAAGACCUGGGAAAGUCCAUGAGUAUGCAAGCUGCACCACAUUUUCAACCACUUCCGGGUAUAUGGAGGGUCAUUACACCUUCCACCGACUCAAAAACAGAGAAGUCUUCAAUGUGACUAUUCCCCGCUUCCACAUGGUCUGCCCUCCUUUUCGCAAGUCAGUGGUGCGAACGGGCUCUACAGGUGAUGUCUCUGUGCCCUGGAAUGAUGAGGACAAUUCUACAGACACAGAUGAAUAUGAAGACACAGAUAGGGGAGGCCUGGAGAUCCCUCCACCCAGUGGUCGCUGCCCACGCCAUACUUGAUAAUUCUCUGUAUAGCAGUGAGUGCCCUGGUACCCCAGCUGUGUACCCAUCCCACUUUUUGCCCACUUUCUUUCGUUUUUUUGCUUCCCAAAUCAUUUUCUGUUGUGGGCAUAUUGUGCUGUGUAGCCCUUCCAGAUGGGCAUGGGUGCUGCGCCAGCUGUGUUGAACGGAUUUGAGCUGUUGCAGUCCAAAUCUCUUUUAUGACAGUUUCCUUGUGAAUCUAAAGAGUUUUCCAUGAUGUCCACUCUUAAUUACCAUUGGACCACUUCUGUCUGAGAUGGAGGAAAUACUCAUUCUGUCACUUAUGAGUAACCAUUGUCCACUCUGUGUGUGUGUGUGCGUGUGUGCGUGCGCGUGUGCGGCUGCGUGUGAGUGUGUAAAUGAACUGUGCUGUGAUUUUCAGUUGCUUGCUGACAUAGAGAGGACUGUAAAGCUGUGUCCAGCAGCAGGCAUACCACUUGGCAUGCUUCUCCUCAUACCGGACAAUAAUUGAAAUUCGAACUCAUUAUCUUCCCACUUUGUACAUUUGUAAAGACUAUCGUGUUGUUCUUCCACUGGAGAGCACUUGCUUAAAUGAGUCAGUAGUUGGCUGCAAGGAGCAGCAAUCGCAGAAGACUUUGCUGGGUGAAGCUCUUAUUUCUGGAUGGUGGCCAGUGUGCUGCCACUGACUCCCACAUGCCAGGAAAGCAGAAAGCAGGCACUGGGUUUAGAAACAGGGCGGUGACCUGUAAGGAUUUACUUACCUUGUAUGAUUUAAAGACAUUUUCUUCUCUGAAUGCUUUGUGUUUUGGGAGCCUGAAUAAAUCUUCCACCUUUGACUCUC